UUCUGGCAACACUGAACUAAACAAUCUAUAAAAACAUCAUAGUUGCUCUGCUGUCGCCCUCCAAAUUGUUAAUAUUUUUUUAACCGCUCAACAACCUAGCUGCAGUUUCGUCAAAUUUAAUUCUAGAGUGGUUAUAAGCAACAUUUUUUUGAAGAAAAAUCUAUUAUGAAUCAACAUCAAGAAUCAUCUAAAAAGCAUGUUAAAGUUAUUGACUUAAUAAGUGACACGGUUACAAAACCAGACAUUCAUAUGCGGAAAGCCAUGUUUGAAGCAGAAGUUGGAGAUGAUGGUUAUCAAGAAGACCCAACCGUAUGUUUAUUGGAAGAGAAAUCAUCAAAACUUUUUGGAAAAGAAGCGGCAUUAUUUGUACCAAGCGGCCUCAUGGGGAAUUUAGUUGCAAUGAUGGCUCACAUAAAAGAUCAACGAGGAUGCGAAGUUAUAGUUGGCGACAAAAGUCACAUUUUGCUGUGGGAACAAAGUGGAGCUGCACAGUUUGCAGGUUUGCAAAUGAGAGAAGUUAGAAAUUUGGCAGAUGGUUCAUUCGAUUUGUCAGAGUUAAGUGAAAAAUGUCGACCAACAAAUCCAUAUGAUUACGAAUCAUAUACAUCAUUAAUUUGUGUAGAAAACACUCACAACUAUCUCGGCGGUGUAGUAGUUCCUCUUGAGUGGCUUGAUCAGUUAGGAAAAUUUGUUAAGGAAAAAAACAUCCCUCUGCACAUGGACGGAGCUCGAAUAUUUAACGCAGCCGUUCACCUAGGUGUUCCCGUCAGUCGAAUAGCUGAACACUGCGAUUCCGUAACGUUUUGUCUGAGUAAAGGACUUGGAGCACCAAUUGGUGCGGUUUUGCUAGGCAAUAAAAUAUUCAUCGAAAAAUGCCGAAGAAUUAGAAAAUCCUUGGGUGGAUCUAUGCGCCAAGCCGGGAUCGUGGCCGCAGCUGGAGUGUACGCCUUAGAUAACUGUGUAGAAAGACUGGCCAUGGAUCACAAGCACGCCAAGAAAAUUGCAAAUGCCAUCCAUCAAAUGGCCAGUCCUGAUGUUGCCGUUAACCCUGAGAAAGUUGAUACCAAUAUAAUAAUUGUAAAGUUAAACGAUAAGAAGAUCAAGUCACCUGAAUUCUACGACAUGUUGUUGAAAGUAAACAAAGAAGCCGAUGAUAUUCCGAAUGAAAUAAAUUUAACGUCUGUCAGAAUAUCAUAUCUAUACAAAGGAUGUGUGAGAUUUGUUUUACACAAGGACAUUUCCGAAGAGGACGUGGAUAUGGCUAUUAAAAAGAUAAAAUAUGUUAUUGAAAAAAUCAUAUCCUCUGAUUAAAUUAUUAUAGGAACACUACUAUAACGAAAAAAUAUAACAUCAUAAGUAAAAGAAGAAAUUAGCUGUACGCAGCAGAUAGGUAUAUGUUACGUAGGUACCUAAUAAUAUAUGCAUAGAAUGUAAAAAUUGCAUUAAAAGAAAUGUUAAGGUUAUAAAAUAACUAUAAAUACUAAGCGCACAUUUAUAUUAUCCAUAAUAUUAUAAUCUUCUAUUAUUUUA